UCUUGUGACAGUAAUUUGACGCCAUCUCUUAUAGGAACUGGAGAUGCUAAUUUAUCUUUGCGAAAGCAGAAGCCAGGCACCUGUAAUCAAUGAAUGUUGUCCUAAAUUACAGACAAAGACCACAAACCACUAAAGUGUGACUCCUCCUAGUUAAUGCCUUUCAAAGAAGAAAUAACACCUUCCCUCAAUCAUAGCCUGACAGCUCUGUAUAUUCAUCUUUCUUGCUCUACUCCACUAUGGCCUUCAUCAAUGGGACCGACUCCUCGUCCUCUCUGGCAUUUUACUUCUCAAACAGCAACUGCUCCUCCUCUGGAGUGUCUCUGUUGUCCUGCGUCGAUCCAUCGUACGUCGCUGCAUUUGUGAUUGCUGUAAUCAGCUGCCUUUUGGGGAUCCCGACUAACAUCCUGAUGAUUGUGAAACUCAGCCAGCAUCUGCGAGGCUCCUCAAUGACAAAGCGGCUUAUUUUCAACCUGGCACUGUCCGACCUCCUUUCUCUGUUCUGUUUGCUGAGUGCCGGACUCCUUUUUGUCAAAGGACCCGCUUUGACUCACGGUUUGUGUCAGCUGUUCUUUUACGUCUUCUUAUUCUGCAUAACCUCCAGUUCAAACAUCCUGGUGCUGAUAAGCAUCCAACGAUACUAUCAGAUUCUUCAUCAUGCUAAGUGGGAAAAAGUGACCCGAGCUUGGCAGAGAGUUCUGCUGUUCACUGUGUGGAUGCUUGGCGCCCUGCUGCCUCUUCCACUUGCGCUUUCACUAACGGAGGGGAAGAUGGGAGCCCAGUCAUUGGACAGGCUUCCCUGCAGGAGUAAAGUGAUCCCACCACUAGCAGAGGUGGUCUACAUUGUUAUACUAUCGGCUGGUCAGCUUGUGUUGCUGUUCUUUUAUGUACGGCUUUUCAAAGGCGUCAAGAACGUUAAGCUGUCUGACAAGCAAAAGCGCAAGAUGAAUAACUUCUUCAGUCGGAUCCUCGCUGUCGCUCUAGUUGACUUUUUACCUCUGCUGGCCCGCAUCGUGGCCGUCGCUGCCCAUUUUACAGAUUCAAAGAUGUUGUCUCUUGUUAGCAAGAAUCUGACAGUUAUUGAAGUGUUGUACUUCUUAAAUCACUGUCUGAAUCCACUGCUGUUUUUCUUUGCCUCUCGACAUCAACUAAGAGACGGAAAGAAGAGGAAGCUCUACCUCAUGGCUCUUAAUGAGAUUACUUAACGAGGUCCUUGCACAUCUGGGGUAUUCCAUCUUUUUUUUUUUUUUUUACACACUUUAAAUAUUAAAUGUGGCAUAUCGAUAACUAU